AUGAGCACCUCAAAAGCCACCUUUACCGCUUUACCAGCCGAGAUACACUCGAUGAUAUUUUCGUUUAUCGAAGCACAUUACCACAAAGCAAGAAAGAUCAAAGCGUGGAAGAGCGAUCCUCUACCUCCCGAAAUCAAGCAGUUGGCGUUCAUAAAUCAACAGUGGAGGCGUCUAGUCAUUGGUAGAAAAUUCAAGUCUCAGCAUCUUCCCCGGAUCGAAUAUGUACGGGAAUUGGGAAAAUUGAGUUCAAAUCAUCCGGUCGUUGCCACUUCUUUACGCGAUUUGACAAUUUUCGUGGCCCACACCGACCUUCCGGAACUUUGGCGACAAAUUGUGAAAUGGGCCGAAGAAGGAUCAAAUCUUCAAAGCCUGGUGAUCAAACCGUCGUAUGGGCAGACAAGCCAAAACCAAGUUUCGGCGACGGGGGGAGGCGGAAAGUACACAUUGUAUGAGUUCGCGGAUUCGGCUAACGCAGAAGCCGCGUCUUCUGUGCCAAUACCCAUUGAGAGAUUGGAACUCAACACUAGUAUCACUAAUCCAGCUGAGGACUCAGAUCUAGUCCUUCAGUUCGGCGACCGAUCCAUGAAGAUACUUCUUAGUAGAUUGAAAGCUACGACAUCUCUGAAGCUUAAUGUGUCUGGUAUCUGUCGUUCAAGAAGGUUCUUACGGACGACAUAUGAAGCUACUUGCGGCUACAUGGAGUCUAUAAUCCAAUUUCAGAAUGAGGGCAUGAAAAAUUUAACGACUCUUGAGCUUAGAUAUAAUAUCUUCAUGUCACGCCAACCCUACAACACAUCUACUAGAUCAUUCUAUUUAGAUGAACAAGUCGACGAGAGGGGCGAUAAUCUGUCAAAUUUACUGCGACAAUUGUCGAAAAGGCUUAAAAGAGUAUUGAUACACUAUGAUAGGGCAACUUCGGAGAUCUUCGAGCCGAAGAACGGUAUUUUGCCCGAAGGAGAGACAGAAGACUGGCCGCAUCUGCAUACAUUUCAUUUAAUUUUCAGCGACAUAGACGCAUACGGGUACAGAAGAUCUAAACUUCAGGCUAAAGGGAAUGAAGAAGAAGCCCAGGGUGAAGACGAGGAAGAGGAGGAAGAACUCGAACCCAUGGAUGGCGACCAAGGACACCAAGAUAUCCCGAAGAACGAUAAUGACGGCUUCGAUUGGUUGAACCCGGAUAUAGUUGACGACAAAAUCGACUAUCAAGAUGACAGGGCCAAGCGGACGGCAACUUCUGGAGUCCGUAGUUUCUACUUAACCGCAGCGAAAGCUGUUGCGAAUAAGAUGCGUGCAAUUCAAUCGUUCAAGAUGUCUAUGAACCUUUCAUUUGAUAGCCAAGUGUACAUGGAGUACGUGAAUCGACCACCAAAUCCUAAGCUGGUGGUAAUUGGGCAUCAAGUCUUAGAGCCUAGCGAUUUACCAGAGGACGAGGAUGAAGAGGGCGACAAUCAACUGGUGCGGAUCUUUAAAGAAGGAGUAGGCGAGGACGUGAAGAUCCAGUAUAACCUUCCCAAGUCAUUGAACUCGCUUGUUUGA